AUGAAGGCUGCUCCUAGCUGCUGCUGCCCCAGCCGCCUGCUGGCCCCCGCCCUCCUGCUGCUGCUGCUGCCAGCGCUGAGCCGGCCCCUGGCGGUGUUGCUGCGAGCGGCCGAGGCUGCGCCGGACUCUGGGCCGCGGGACCCCGGGCCACGGACCCUGCUCCCAGGCUGCACUCCAGCCGAGGCCGCGGGCCGCAGAGCGCCGAGAACGGUGAUGGCAGCAGCUCCAGGGCGGAGCUUGCGGGAUGAUCACGGAAGGAAGGCUGGGGAAGGAGGCUCAGUGGGCGGCAGCCUCGCUGUGAGUCCAAACCCUGGUGACAACCCCAUGACCCAGCGGGCCCUGACGGUGUUGAUGGUGGUGAGGGGCGCGGUGUUGGAGAACUUCAUCGUCAGGGUCAGGACUGUCAGGGUGAGAAGAAGAAACCGAAAGACAAGAAAAUACGGAGUUCUGGACACUAACAUAGAAAACAUGGAAUUGACACCUUUAGAACAAGAUGAGGAGGAGGAUGAUAACACAUUGUUUGAUGCCAGUCAUCCUCGAAGAUAAGAAUGUGCCUUUUU